UGAACUCGACAUAAGGAGAAUAGAAGUCUGCGCCAGAGUUGUUGACACGUGCUCGAUUCGCGCGACGAGAUUAUAUCGAAGCGGUUUUGUGGUUAACAUUGCGAAGGAAAACGACGUUUUCCAUGGCAAAUUUAGGAUAUAAUAACAUGUCAAGCGACAGUGAUAGUGGAGAUGACUGGGAAGAAAACGGUGAGGAUCAUCAUGAUAUUUUAUGCUUAUUUUGUACAGAAACUAUUAAUGGAUUUCCUUCUGCACUGCAUCACGUCGAGACUUUUCACAAGUUUGACUUCUGCAAUUUUAUAAGGAAACAUAUUCAUGAUACUUACUCGUACAUCAAACUAAUUAAUUUCGUUCGUCGUAAGGAGAUUUUACCUGAACAACUGAAUACAUUGGGUAUAGAAGCUUGGGACAAAGACGAGUAUUUACGUCCUGUUAUGGAAGAUGAUCAAUGGUUAAUGUAUGAUAUCGAAGAUCUCAUCAACAUUAAAGAUAUGAUUGAAGAAAGAGGAGUAAGACAAAUAUAUCAAAGUGAUGACAGUGUAAUUUUGUCAGAGGCACAGUACGAAGAUAUGAAAAAAACUAUCAGAUCGCUCAAAUCUCAGCUGAAGGAAAGUGAAACGACAUGCUUCCUGGUGAAGCAGCAAAUGGAGGAGAUGAAAGAGAAGGCUCAGAAAUUGAUCCUAGGUGAUGAUUUAGAUGAAAAGGAAAAGAAUACUCCAGUCAAUGUUCAUAAUGAUAAAGGUUACUUCAAUACGUACAAUCAUUUUGCUAUACAUCACGAAAUGUUAUCGGACAAAGUACGAACAGAAAGCUAUCGUGAUGCAUUAUUAACAAAUUCCAACAAAUUUCAUGAUAGUAUAAUGUUAGACGUUGGUUGUGGAACUGGUAUUUUGUCAAUGUUUGCGGCAAAAUCUGGUUGCCGUAAAGUUAUUAGCGUCGAUCAAUCUGAUGUGAUAUAUCACGCUAUGGAUAUAGUAAGGGAGAACAAUCUCAGCGACAUAAUCACUUUAAAAAGAGGUCGUUUAGAAGAUAUUAAUAUAGGAGUAGAAAAAGUGGAUGCUAUAAUAUCCGAAUGGAUGGGAUAUUUUCUCUUAUUUGAGGGAAUGCUGGAUACAGUCAUUUAUGCUAGGGACCAUUAUCUGACACCAGGCGGAGUGAUUCUUCCAAACAGAUGUACAAUUAGUAUUGUGGGAAGUGGAGAUACAAAGAGAUAUAUUGACCUGGUCGAUUAUUGGUCAAACGUAUAUGGUUUUAAAAUGAGUUGUAUGAAAGGUGAAGUGCUACGUGAGCCUAGUAUAGAGAUCUGUAACGUCGAUGAUCUUAUAACAAGCUCCAUCGAGAUCCAAGCCUUUGAUUUGUACAAAGUUACUACGGAUUGCAUCAAUUUUUCAUCUCCCUUCACAUUGAAUGUGAAAAAAACAGGAUCAUUAACUGCGAUAAUCGGUUAUUUCGACAUUUUCUUUGAUCUCGAGAAUCCGAUUCAUUUCAGUACAGGUCCUUAUACUACGCCAACACAUUGGAAACAGACGGUAUUUUCUUUAAGCGAGCCCAUUAGCAUAACUGAAGGUGAAGUCAUAACCGGCACGUUGGUUUGUCGAAGACACUGUAAGGACAUCCGAGGCUUGAUAGUCAUUAUCCAUAUCAAAAACUUCUCUCAGACAUAUUUUCUAGAUUAAAUAUCGAAUAUGCUUGUUCUGAAAUACGCGUGAACAAUAGCCGCAUGUGCCACAUAUUGGAAAUAGGGUCCAGCUAUCGCGUUACAAAAUUUCCAUUUUUAUUAGACGUUCUUUCCCGCGAAUGACGUGUUGCUGAAUCUUUAUCUCUCUUUUCAUACAAUUUGAAAUUUGUAAUUGAUAGUUUAUAAUGUCCGUUUACUUAAACGGAGGAUAUAGCUUACGCGUUUCGGAAUUCCAGAUCUUAAUUUUUAUGCUGGAACCAUACAUAUUACUGUGUUAAUACAUAUACGCUCUUUC